UUAUUAUGUUUAAUCUAAGAUUACAUUACUCUCUGUUUUACAUGGCACCUUCAGCAGGGGUAAGUAAAUAACUAGACUUCACAUUAAUAUAAAAGACUGUUACUACUGUACAUAUAUGAACUUAUCACAUAAAUUAAAAUUGUUUUUACUCCGUGAUUAAAUAUAUGAAUGCAAUUAUCACUCAUGUUUACAUAUACAGUAGUAGCAUUGGCAUUAAUAGAAUUAUACAAGUAUUCUGUUUUAUUAUUAUUAUUAUUAUUAUUAUUAUAAACAAAAAUCUCUUCAGUGCUGUAUUAUUGGCAACAGUAAAAGGCUUUUAUCGUUAAGAGAGAUUCGACACCCAUCAGUCAGUUUCCCUCCUACAACGCAUCUCCGCACCCUUAUGCACUUCAAUAACAUAGACAGAGAUGUUUACCAUGUCAAGUAAAAAAAAAGUAAAAAAAAAAAAAUUGUAAUAAUAAACAUGUAACAUAACACACAUCACUGCCAGAAUCUCUCUCCUUUUGUACAGUCCAAAUACGGUCCACUGUAUUUAGUUCUCCUGCACUAAUAAGGAGCUACACCUUAGUAUGGAGAGGAGAUCUACAGUAAAUGCACUGUUGAGACAUUAAUGUUCUGCACAUACACAACUCUAUAGUUAAUGCUCCUAGCAGAACAGUGUUAUAUGAAAGUGUUAUAUGAAAGUAAUGAAAGAAAAACACAAGUUAAUGAUUAUCGGGUAGUGGUUAAGUUUCUCGCUGCAUGAAUUUUUAUUUCACAGUUGUUUCUGUAGCUGAUAAAUCUCUCCAGUGUAAGCAGAUGAUUUUCAACACAGUGCAACAGAAUAUUUUGUAGAUUUAAUCUGAAGUUAACUCUUCAUCCCAAACUAGCUCACAGGGAAUCCACAGAGGACAGAGGAACGAGGUGAGAACAACAUUUACUAUAAAAUUCUACAUAUUUGAGUUACUUGUUUAGAGCAAAGUACCAACAGACUGAUGUCAGGUCAUUCAUCAUGCUGUUGCCUAGUUCGUCAUUAGUGUUCUGCAAACAGAAAUCUGACUUACACACUGAUCCUAAAAGCUAAAAAGCUUUUUCUUUGAAUAAAAUAAUUGUUUAAUUGUAAUUUUAUAGUAGUAACUCCUCCUUCUGGGGCAGUGGUAGCUCAGAAGCUUAAGGCAUUGAGUUACCGAUCAGAAAGUUGGUGACUCGAUCCCCAGUUCCCCAAGGUUACCACUGUUUGUCCCUCGAGCAAGACGCUUUACACUACAGUAUCUGCUCCGUGGAUGCUGUAUCAAUGCUGACCUUGGACUUGGACCCCACCUACACUGGAUUAUGCGAAAAAAAUAAUUCUACUGUGCAGUAAUGCAUAAAGUAUGUGUCAGAUUCUAACAGAUUCCAUCUUCUUAAAGAGAGUGACAAAUAAUACUGUAGUGUACACUACUUGACCCCACAGAAAAUCACACACACACUUUGCCUAUGGUGUGUAAUGUGGUGGUCAGUUCAUGCUGUUUGUAAAAAUGCUUCGUAAUUUUCAAAGGACCCAGCAUAUGCCCAAGACAUCUAGGAAGACAAGGGUAUUUGUGUAAGAACCUGAUCAUUCAGUACGUUCGCAUCAGAUGAUUAGCCUUUUUAGGAAUUUUCUGAUAGCCAUUUAGUCCAAUACUUACGAACCAGUACAGGAAAACAACCAACAAAUGAUUAUUUUUAACAUUAUUGCAUAUAAUAAAGAGAAAUUUACAAAGAAUAGCAAAUAAUUUUUAGUUGUCUCAGCAAGAUUUCUUUGUACUUUUGUCAGAUCAUCAAGAAAAAGGCGUCUGGGUUACUCAGAGUGACAGAAAAUGGACAGAAUAUGAGAGAAUGCAAAUGAAGAUGUCUGCUCUACAGACUGAACUGGACCAAGCAUUAAAAUCACUGAAAAAUAAAGAACAACAGCUGGAAAAAAAAGAUCUACAUGAGAAGGAGGAAGAAUUACAUGUGACAAAUGAAGCGCUGAAGAUUCUAAAAGAACAUUUGGAGAGCAAUGAGAAGACUCUUUCUGAGAGAGACGCAGUGUUAAUGGCAACAAAUAAUAAACUUCAACAUGCUACUGAACAAGUUAAAGAGAAAAUCUCACAACUGGAGAAUAUGAACAAACUGUUGAGUGAGAAAGAAACACAGCUGAAGAACACAGAUGAAGAGCUGGAAACCAGUAAAAACAAACUGGAGACACUGGGACAGGAGCUGGAGGACAAGAAAAGACAACUACAGGAGAUGACAAUCAUACUGGAGCAACAGAAAACUGAGUUAGCGGAAAAAAACAAACAGCUUGAAGAGAAAGAGAGAUGUCUAACUGAGAGAGAGACACGGCUAAUGGAGAGAGACAAACAGCUUCAGGAGAAAGAGAGACUUGUAGAGGAGAAAACAAAGCAGCUGCAGGAACAGACAGAUCCAGAACCAUCAGCCCCCAUCAGGAGAAGAAACAGCAAGGACGAGUUACCUCCAAUAAUGGAAAUUUUGAGGCUGGUGCUGCUGGGGAGGACAGGGUCUGGGAAGAGUGCAGCAGAAAACACCAUCCUGAGCAGAGAGGGAAAGAACCAGGCUGCUACAGCUACAUCUACAUCUACAUCCACCCAGCAGAGUGAGAGCACACAGGGGGAGGUGGCUGGGAGGAAGGUGACUGUGGUGGACACUCCUGACUGGUUCUUUCCUGAACUCUCUCUGGAGAAGUUGAGACAGGACGUGGAACUUUGUGUUCGUCAGUCUGCUCCAGGACCCCAUGCCUUCCUCCUGGUCAUACCUGUAAAGCAGCCUACAGGAGAGGAGAGAGGGAUGCUGGAGAAAAUGGAGGAGAUUUUUGGGGAGAGAUGUUGGAAAAACACAAUGAUUAUAUUCAGUGUUACUGAUGAACUUCAGAAGAAGAACAUUGAGGAGUUUAUCCAAUCAGGAGACCAGGAGGUCCAGAGACUCUUAGAGAAAUGUGGGAACAGGUUUCACUGUCUCAACAUUAAGGAGCAUGGAGAUGGUUCUCAAGUCUCAGAGCUCCUGGAGAAGAUAGAGAAGAUGGUGGAAGGAAGAGGAGAGAAAUUCUACAGCAGUGAGAUCUACCUGGAAAUAGUAUCUCAGAUUAUAGCAUUGGAGACCAUCAUCCAAAAGGAAAGAAAAGAAAAACGGAUGAGAGAGGAGAUGGAAGUAAAGGAGAAGAUUAAUAAGGACAUGCAAAAUUCUCUGAGAAAAAUAGAGGGAGCCAUCCAGAAGCAUGAAGAAGACAUCAGACAACUGAAUGAUCGAACAACAGAACUGGAGAGAAAGAUGAUAGAAGAGAGACAUGAAGAGAAAAAGAGAGAACUUGAAAUGGAUCUUAAACAAGAAGUAGAGAAAAGGACUAAAUUGGAGGAAAAGGUAAAGAAGCUAAAAGAAAAUAGAGAAAAAGAGAGGAGAGAGGUGGAGGAGAGGCACAAACAGGAGAUGGAGAAGAUCAGGAAGGUGUAUGAAGGAGAGGACAUCAUUGAGACAGAGAGAAACCUCAUGAAAAUCAUCUUGCCUGAACUUAGGCGAAAUAUAAUGGCCUCAAAAACAAUGCGGGAAGGCGUUAGCAGAGACAUGGAGAAAAAGAACAGAGAGCUGGAGAUUAUUGAACAGAAACUUUCAGAGCUCACCAGCUGUUGGAAUAGGUUCAUUGGAAAAGAGAGAAGUGACUCAGGGACAGGCAAUGCAAAUGUAACAGGAGAUUAAUUUAAGACUCUUCAAAAGAAAAAUCUCUUCAAAGAUUUUUUUUUACUGAGUUUAUAAAGCCCCAGAUAAUCACCCAGUCAGAAAUAAAAUAAUAAAAUACAUCAUGGAGAUCACAAAGCAAAAUGUAUUAGCAUAAGGCUAGUAAAAUAAGUGAAAACGCAGAGCCAAGCUGUUCGUUACUGCUAAGAAGACCUUGUAGGGCAAAAGAUCUGGGACUGUAUUCAUAAAGCUCCUAAGGAUCAUUUAGGAGAGCUUUAUUAUACAUAAUUAGCUUUAAAAAUUCUAGCAAGGCAUGUUGGCUUAAGCGUGAUUUGUUGUCAAACAAACAGACUAACAAACGUAAUGAAUUAGUUAACCUACAACCACCAGGACCUACUAACAGACCGCUGGGUCAGACGGGUUUGGAUUACUAUUUUUUUCCCCUCCACUUUCCACUUUGACUUCUCUGGUUCUUUUACUAAACAGACAUAUACACGGGCAGAUUUAUCAUUAGAGAUUUAAUUUUCGCCCCCAAAUAGUACCUACCGUAUAGCUUUUAUUUAGAAUAUAAUCACCAGCUCAAAAACCCCUUUUUUGUCAAAGGUCUGAAACAUUUUUUUUACUACAUUUAUAAGUGCCCUCCCUGUUGUGUGACAGGGAACAAUGUUAGUGCUGUUAGUGCGCUCCUCUAGCCCAUUUAACAGUCCAGUGCUAAUGAAGUACAACAGAGCGGGUUGGGUGAGUUGUAUUGGCCCUCUUAUGGGGCCAGGUCGAGUGCGGGUAUGAAAAAUGCAUGGCCCGCGCAUCACUAUGAAGCUCUUAAUUAUAAUAUAAACCUUCAUUCUGAAAUAACAAAUCGCACAUAUUUAUUUGCAUUUUUUUUUCAGCUUAUACUGUAUACUCACUCACUCACUCACUCAGUCAUUGUCUAUACCGUUUAAUCCUGUACACAUGGUUGCAGGGAGCCUGGAGCCUAUCUCAGGAGACUUGGGGCAUGCAGCGGUGUAGCAUGCAGCGGUGUAAUCCAUCACACACAUACACACACAUUUACACACUAUGUGCAAUUUGGGAAGGCCAUUUGUCCUAAUCUGCAUGUCUUUGGACUGUGGGAGGAAACCGAUGGGGAGUACACGCCAAUUCCAUGCACACAGAGAAAAUAACUGGAGAAAAAUUAUGUUGCUCUUUUCAGAUACUGUGACUGGGAAGUUGGUUUCUAUGUAGCAAUCUAGGGAGUUAAUACUUCAUCUUCAUCUUUUUGCUAUUUUCUCCUCUGCUUAAGGAACUUCUAAGCCUCUUAGGAGUCUUCUACUUGGUCUACUCAUUUAAAGGUUAAAAUCUUUUAUGAAUAACCUUUAUCUUUACUCGGAUCCAUGUUUUUAAGGAAACUUUUUGGUAAAAAGCCACAGUUCUAACAGUUUGGUUAGAAUUUCAUCAGUAGGAGCAACCAUUUAAACUAGGAAUUUUCAUUAAUAUGGCUUGGGAUCAUUUAAAACAAUGGUCUUUUAUUAUUUGUUUUGUUCCAUCACCAAUAUGAAUUGUCCAACUGGCUACAAUUUACAAAACUUCUAUUAUGUUAUAUCAUUAUUAUUGCCAGUCAGGAAGUCAGUUUCUUGUCAUACAGGUCAACUUAUUAAAUCUAUUGAGUAAGGACAUUUUUUAAGGACAAACUGAAAUCAUGCAACAAGGUGUUACGAUUCUUUUGUACAACAUCAAUAAAAAAAACGAAAAGAAAAUAUGUACAAGCACAUUUUGAUACAUUUCAUACUUUUAGAGUUACAAUACAUUUCAUGUUCUGGUGCAUUCGCAGGACCUGCCAGUUGUUGCUAUCACCAACAUUAUAACAGCUACGUAGACUCAACAGAAAAAGUCAGAAAACAUACAGAUUUUUACUGCUGAUGUUUCAAUUGGAUGACGGUUACUUUUUUCUUCCGUUAGAUUUAUUUAUUUGUCAAAACAUUUGUCUGUUUUUUGUUAAUAUGAUUUAUUUUGUGGUGUGUCCAUGUGAACAAUUAUGCCAUUCUGGGACAUUUAUAUUAAAAGUUAUUCAGUUAAAAAAAGUUACAUUACAGGACAACAUCCUCAUGUCUGUUGGACAUAUCUAGAAGUUUUGUCAGACUUUUUUUAUGUUGUCAUGUUGUAUAUCCUGUAAAUGUUAUAAAUAAAUGUAUGUAUUGUCAUGUUUUUUAAAAAAAUAUGCCUUUCAAAUUGUAUGGUCUCAAUAAAUAUACAUAUUUUUUAUUUUGUA